AUGGUGAUCGACGGAAAUCUUUUCGUUUUCGGUUCAGCUUUGGCCGUUUGUUUGAUGAUGAAUUUCGUGUCCGGUUUCACGGAAGAAGUAUCCCCAUGUCUGGGCGACAAGUUGCAUCUUCCACAUCCUACCGAUUGUACGCGAUACAUUACCUGUAUUGGAAGGAAAGCCUUCGAACAACGUUGCCCACCUGGUUCGGAAUGGGAUAAUGCGGAGGUUACGUGCAUUGUGCCAGAAGUGUCAAAAUGUGGCGUUAGGCAUAAACCUCCUCCACCGCAUGUUAGCAAGUGUCCCCCGAAGCUGACCCGCUGUCCUGUGCAUGCGAAUCCAACCGAGGAAGUGAUCUUUAUUCCACACAGUGUUUGCCAUAAAUUCUACGCUUGUGUGUCGACCGUUCCCGUUGAGCUGAGCUGCCCGAAACGGCUCUACUGGAACCAUGAGUCAUGCAAAUGUGACUAUGAACAUUCAGCCGGCACAGAGUGUGUGGUGGAGCGUCCGAAGCCAACGUUGGGGUUACCUUCGUUUCGUCGCGUACGCCGUUCGGAGGAAGAAGUGACCACAACGGUGUCACCGGAAGUGUCCGGUGCGGCUAUUCGUGGCGUUACUUCGAUUUUAGUGCUAAUUGUGACGGUGGUGUUGAAUGUAUGAGACAUUAUAAAAUAGGCUCAAUUACUAUUUUUUUGUGAAAAUAAUCAUCCCAAUAAUAAAGGUAUUCUUGUUGCCACACUGAGAAUCAAUUCGAAAUGUGUUAAUCGAUAAUAAAUCGAAAAUUCAAUUGAUUUAAACAAAAAGUUAAGAAUAUUGUGGGUUAAAUAGUUUUUAAUUUUUAGAAUAGAAGUUAAAUAGUAAUAAAUAGUAAUAAAUAUGUAAUACGAAGAGCGAAAAAAGAGAAUGCUUAAAAAAUGCGUAACGAAUGAAGACCAAAUCCAACAAAUCGAGAUUAUAAA